UCAGGGGUCCGAAGUUCCAGCUACUGGCCCACACCAAGCUGACUCUGGCCAAUGUCCAAGAUGGCUUCCGCACACACGACCUCACCAUGAGCAGUUCAGACGAGAGCUCGUGUUGGCUGCCGCUGUACGGGAGCGUGUGCUGCCGCCUGACCGCGCAGCCCGACUGUAUGAACCAAGACAUGAUAUCCGGGUACCUGCAGAUCCAGGCGCGGGGACAGACGGGCUGGAAGCGCAUGUACUGCGUGUUGCGAGGAUGCCGCCUGCUGUGUUACACGCAGCCCUGCGAGAAAGGGUCGGCACCAGAACCAGAACUCACCGUCUCGGUCAAUAAGGUGACGAGAAUCCGCUGCUCGGACCGCGAGGGACAAAAUCAGGUGCACAGCUUGUCCAUAACCAACCGGUACGGCUGCGAGGAGGUGACGCACAACGCCAGGGCGGAGAGCCGGGACGACCUGCGUCGUUGGAUGGAGGCCUUCUGGCAGCACUUCUAUGACAUGAGUCAGUGGAAGCAGUGCUGCGAUGACCUCAUGAAGAUCGAGACACCUCCGCCCAAGAGAACCACCCGCGCUGUGGCCAAGCAGGGGUCCCUCUAUCACGAAAUGGCUAUUGAGGGUCUGGGCCCGAUUCCUGACCUUCUCUCCCAGCGGAUGAAGGAGUUUGAGAUACAGAGGGGUCUGGAUCCGCCACCCUGGACAUCUUUCUUCAACAGCCCCAAUCCCGGACACCCUUCCUGCUCAUCAUCCUCCGAUUGCGACAGUCCUCCGGGGCAGACCUCCAGGCCUCGUCCCCGCACCCUCUCCCUGGAUGCCAAACUAACAUCCCUGAAGAAGAGAGGACUGAAGAUGGCUGACCAACAGUCCACGGGUCAAGAGUCCUCCAGAGGAGACGACAGUCCUCACCCGGAGGCCAGGAACUCCAGCAGCAGUGGGCGCAGCACCCCCGACUCGGAGAAGGGGUGUCAGAACCGCAAGAACAUUAAGAGCCUUAAAUCCAAACUGGACCCCCGCAACUGGCUGCAGAGUCAGGUGUGACCCGUCUGCUGACAUGACCAGGGUGCCAGAACGGGGUGAGAGGCCAAAACCGAGUGUCCAAAGUGCACUAAUGCGAUGGGCUUUGGCUCUGGUUGGUAUGUACCGUGGAAGCCCCAUGCCCCAGACAUGGAGUGACCCUCUAAUUAUUCACAUACCAGAUUGACACCCUUCAUCCUCCACAUAACACCGACCCACGCAGCGCUCCCCGCCCAGCUCAGGGCAACCUACAGCUGUUUCAAAGACUUAAUCGCAAGAUGCGGACGAGUCUUCCUUCGCACGGGAGAGCGGGACCGGAGAUAUUAUAUACAGUUAUUCCGAGUCCCUCUCCAUCCCACUGAAGGGGGACGAAAUGCAAUUUAUAGUAUUAUUAUGUGCCAACCACUGCAGGGCACCAAGGACACCCAGACUUGAAGCCCCUCCUUCUAAAAGGUGUCAUGGCUACACAGAGUUUACAUAAGCUUACAGCGCCUCCUACUACAGGGGGACUGAUGGGAGGUAUGAGGCAGGGACUAGGCUCCUCCCCAUAUAGGGGGAC